AUACCGAAAUCGAAGCUAAAAAGGAAAAAUCUGUAGCCGUUCCCUAAAAUAUUUCUUCGAUUUUCAGUUCUUCAGCCCACCAUUUUCUGCUCCCUAACUCACCCGAGUCCUUCAAUCCCAGUUCAUAAAUCAUUCAAUUUGUUCAUCUCUUUCUGUUUUUUUCGCCAAUUUCUUUGUGGAUUUGUUGUUUCGAGCUCUUCUUUCACCUCCAUUUCACGUUUUAACGCCGCCAUUGUUGCCGUUUUUCAUCUCUUCUUCUAAUUUCUGUGUUCCCUUUUGAUUAUUUGCUCUGUUUUUGUUGGAACUUGGAGGAGUGGGAGAAGGAAUUUCGUUGUUCUUUUGGGUUUUUUUUUUUUUUUUUUUUCCUCUUGAAAUCUGUUUGUUUAGUUUCUCUUUUGGAUUUUGUGUUCAAUUUUUGAGAGAUGAAUCUGUAUGUCUCUUAAUCGGUUGUUGUUUGAUUCUUUUGAUGCUCUGAUCGAUUCCCCAACUCGUUCGCUUGAUUUUGGGUUUUUUUGGGCGAUUUUGAUUGUUGGGUAUCGAGAUUUGGUUGGGAAAUGCGGGAUGUUCUUUGAUUGAGUUUCUCCAUUGCCGUUAUGUGCGGCGUGGUUCAUGCGGCGCGUUUGAUUUGAAGUUGUGAAUCAUGAUUUUCCUCAAGAUUCUAGGGUUUAUGCUCUCGUUUGCGGCUGAUUUCUACUGCGAUUUUCAAGUAUUUGUAUGGUGAUAUGGGUUCUUUGCUCAUCUAAGCUCUGCAAGUAUCUCACAUUAUCGCCAUUGGAGCUAAUUUAAGCAGGUACUUGCUCGUUCAAUAAAAUUCGCGUCAGAUUUAGAAUCCGCCAUCGUUGUUGAAGAAUCUGAUUUCUCUGUUUCUGUGAGAUUCCAUUGAUUAUUCCAAGCUUUUUUGUUCAACGAUUCCGAAAGGGAAAAAAGUAAUAUCUGGAAAAGAAUAAGGAUCUUGCAACGGUUCAAAUUUGUAUCCCUUCCUUCAUUCAAAGCUGCUUUUGAUUUAUUGCCCAUUUGAAGAUCUUUAUAGCGUAUCCGUUAUCACUUUGUGGUAAUUUUAACUCUCAUUUGAGUAUUGUUCUGUUCUCUGGUUGAGCUGAAAUCUACGUGCAUUGCUGUGAAUUGUGAGAUUUCAAAGCAUCCAUGGGGCUUCCUAGAAGUCUCGUGAUGCUGAUUGUUCAAAUGUGGUUCUUGUUUUUGGCUGAUCUGGUUAUGGUUCGAUCAACCGAUACUCGUUCAUCGGCGCGUUCUUUGGAUCUUCUUCUCCAGGAAUAUGCUUAUAAGGCAUUGGUUAACCCGAAAACUGGUAUUCCUUACGAUGCAGCCGCUCCCUCGAACUUGACUGGGAUUAGCAUUAGAGCUAUGAGGCUGAGGAGUGGUAGUUUUCGACGGUAUGGUGUUGUUUCAUUCGCGGAGUUCGAUAUCCCGACUGGUGUUAUCGUGCAGCCAUAUGUUGAGAGGCUUGUUUUGGUGUAUCAGAACUUGGGGAACUGGUCUGAGGAGUAUUAUGCAUUGCCUGGUUAUACCUUUUUAGCACCAAUGUUGGGUCUUCUUGCUUACAAUGCCUCCAAUCUCUCGGCUACUAAUCUUCCCGAACUCAAAAUGAGAGCUUCCGGUGACCCGAUACAUGUCAAGUUCGACAAUGUCAAGUCCCUCCCGGAUGGCGCCGUUGCAAAGUGUGUUUGGUUUAAUCUUCAGGGAAUAGCCAAUUUCAGCAGUGUGGAGUCUGGUAACACAUGUUCAACAAUCGAACACGGGCAUUUCUCUAUCGUCGUUGAAUCCAUUGCUCCUUCUCCUUCACCAGUCUCCCAGUCGCCCCCGGGGGCUGUGAUCCCAAAUGCACCUCCACCUUCAAGCAAGAAAAACACCACCAGAGUGUGGAUCAUUGUAGGAUCUGUGGUGGGUGGAGUGUUGCUGUUGGUGUUGCUAUCACUCCUCAUUUGUUGGGUUCAUAAGUUAAAGCAAAGAAACAAAAUGGAACAGAUGGAGAGGGCAGCAGAAUUGGGAGAACCUCUACAAAUGGCAAUGGUGGGCAACACAAAAGCACCCACUGCGUCCGUGACACGAACGCAGCCAACUCUUGAGACAGAAUACGUCCCUUGAGCUCCUCCAUCGACCGAUCACUCGUCACGGUACCAAGAUAUUCAUCCUCUCUAGUUCCUUUACUGAUCUUCUCUGGUUUUGAUGGUAUUCUUGUGAGUAGUAGAAGUUUUAAUGAUGAUUUUUGUGUAAAUGCCGUUUAUUUCUGAUACCUGUAUGAUGAAUGAUUCAUUGUUUCGCACAAAAAGUGUUACUGAGAACUGAUUCUUCUUCAUCUUCUCCUUCUUGUUCUUCUUGUUCUUCUUGUUCUUAUGUAUCUGCUGAAUUUGGUUUUAUGCAAUUUCGAAGGUAAUAAAGAGAGAUUCUUAAUGAAA